AUGAAGCAUGCUACGGUUCUCACCGUUUUAUCGUUAGUUGCUCAGGUGACAAGCAACCAAGCACCAUAUCGAGUCUCAGACAUAUCAGCGACGAAGAAGAGGCAGCCCCUGACUGGCCGAUUCAUCCACAUCACCGAUUUCCAUCCGGAUAUCCUUUACAAAGAAGGUGCCACUAUCGAAAGCGGAUGUCACGAGCUACCAAAAGGCAAGGAUCAUGAUGAGGAGGGAUCAAGGUUGGCAAGUUCGAGCAAUAUCAGCAUCGCUGGGAAUACACGCACGGCAGGUUUAGCUGGGAAAUGGGGGACUGGCGUUUCUGAUUGUGAUUCGCCAAUGUCGUUGGUCAACAUGACUAUAGAUUGGCUAGCGAAAGAAUGGGCUCACGAGAUCGACUUUAUUGUGUGGACAGGCGAUUCAGCUAGACACGACUUGGACCGAAACUUUCCUCGAACGCCCAAUGAGAUCUUCCAGUCGAAUCGCAUGAUGGUCCAACAGAUGCAACAGGCCUUCCCUCAUAUUCCCAUCGUCCCGAGUUUGGGCAACAACGACAUUUAUCCUCAUAAUGUCCUCGCGCCGGGCCCCAACAAUAUCAUCUCGCAGUACACCAAGAUAUGGAGCGACAUCAUCCCAAAUGAUUACGAGCAUAUUUUCGAACGAGGCGGAUAUUUUUCGCUCGAAGUGAUACCGGAUCGUUUGGCCGUCAUUUCCCUUAACACGCUGUAUUGGUACAAAGCGAACACUCUUGCCGAUGGCUGUCUUGAUCGGAAUAAGGAUCCGGGAGCUUUCGAACUGGAAUGGCUGGAAGUCCAGCUCGAUCAAUUCCGAGGGCGCGGCAUGCAGGUCUGGCUUUCAGGUCACAUUCCACCGCAUCUCGGCAUGUACUUUGACAAUUGCUAUCUCAAAUACGGAGAUCUCGCACUUAGAUUCCAAGACACUAUCGUGGGUCACCUAUACGGGCACAUGAACGUGGAUCAUUUCUUCUUCAUUGACGUGCAAGAGCUAGAAGCGCCGAUGCCUGAUGCGCCACACAUCUCAGAAGCGAACCUGACAUCUCCCGAAUCUCUCGUCGACGGACCUCCUCCUCGCAUCGGACCCCUGCUGGAGGGUUCGGGGCGAUACCGCACUAUGGGUCGAGCUGCCAACAACUUUUUGCAAGAAGAGCUGAGGAAAGAUUUCGGCGAGAUGCCCGGUCCAGCCAAAAUAAAACUGAAGGACUACGCCGUGGUGAACGUUGCACCGAGUGUCAUUCCAACAUAUUACCCAGGCGUCAGAGUAUUCUCGUACAACAUCAGCAAUAUGGAGGACGAAGAUUUCUGGUCCGAUAUGAAGAAGAAGCGUCGGACCGGUCAUCGACAUCGUAAAAAGAAGGCCAAGCACGACUGUCGUAGACCCGAAAAUCGAGAUCGGCCACAUUGUGUUUUUGCCCGUUUACCUCGCCAUUACGACAAGGCAUCGCCUUCUCGAAGUAAUGGUCCUCUCAGUCCGUUAGGCUACACUCAAUUUUUCUUGCCCGAUGUGGACAGUACCCGUGAUAUCGCUCCAGACUGGAAAAUCGAGUAUAGCACUUUCCAUCCGAGAAAGCUCGUCCCGCAAUCAUCGGGCUUAACAGAGACUCAGCCUCCACCUGUCCCUCUUCACCUGUUACCAGGAUACGAUCCGACCAUCGUCUCACUCUACGCUGCGAAUGACGUUCCAGCUGAUGAGGGACAACGAUCCAAAUUGGUCAGGUUUGAGGAGGACAUGAAGCAUAUCACGCCGUGGAAGCUCAAAGACCUGACGAUCAAAAAUUGGGUCAAGCUUGCAAGAAAGGUCGUGACGCGGAAAAAGUCUUGGAAAAAGUUCCAAGAGAUCAUGUACGUCUCGAGUGAUAAUUGA